GCGAAAACCGUCGUCGUGAGUGUACGUUCAGUUAACACGAACCCGUUUUGUUUAUUUACGUUUAUUUUAAAAAUACAUAACAUUAAAAAGUUAGUUAAGUGAUGUUAUAUAAAUAUCUAUAGUGAUUAUAUUUGGGAUUGUAAAAGAUGUUCCAAUACGAAUACGAAAAGCGUCCGCCAUCGCGCGACAGUCGCACGACAGUCUCGCCGCACUGGCAUUCCAGACCGUUACCACCAAGACCUGAAGACAUCCUGCCCGUUAAAACCAGUGUGCCUUUGAAGGUCUGGAUUAUAGCAAGUGCGUCAUGUUUUGCGGUAUGCGGUGCGCUGGUUCUUGCGACCAUCGUUAUCACCAGAUGGGGCACCAGUGAAAGCUACGCACCGAGGGAAAUAUAUGCUGAAGCCAGGGAACCAAUAUACGCAAAUCUUCACCCUGAGCGACGACCAACAACAACAGAAGCUGAAGUCUCGACAUCCCAAGAGAUAGACAAUGAAAUCCAAUUCCCCAUCCUCGAAAAAUUGUCCAUAUUCAAGAACAUAGUCGCAAACCGGGGUAAAAAGAAAUCAGACGAGAAUCUCAUAACCAAACCGCAAUUACAUCCCAUCCACGACACAUCCCUACAUCACCCCGAGAAGAAAAUCGAGAAGAAGGACCAGGCGAAGUUACCGCAAGAAUUCAUCCAUGCAAACGUGCCAGAAUUUAAACCUACACUACCGGACGUUUUCGUAGACGAUUCGGAAACGAAACUCUCCGACAAUUACAUUGCUGGUCUGAAGAAGGCUGAAUAUAACUACGAAGAAUAUUACAACGACGACAAUUUAUACGACGAUUACAUGCAAAGCAACACAAUGACCAGCUACUUGAUAGAAAAAGUACAGGAACUUCACGAUUGGAUCACAACUGAUCCGGAUUUCGAGGGCAAGGGUGCCGAUAAGCCGAAGACCGGUAACGAAUUCGGUCAAUUGCUUAAAGCUCUGAACGAAAGUCUCAUCGAAGGUAACGUUACAAUCGUAAUGAGUAAGCUGAAAGACAUAUAUUUGGGAGAGAAUUUCACAAUAUCGAACCAAAGCAGGAAAAUUAUACUGAGCAACAGUACGAAUCUGCUGUCGUUUGGUAUACUCACGUUGGACGUGAUGCUGCUUCAUAAUAUACAACUCAUGGCGUGGGAAUCUCAGGAGUCGGCUCGUUACAAAAUGUUGAAAGAUCCGGACGUCUUUGCGUUCAAUGCACUUUUCAUGGAGCCCAGCAAAGUCGAAACUAAGCGCAAUGAAAUUUUCCAUCAAUACGAUAAUUCGGCUGCUUUUGGGAAACGUCAAAAUCGUUUAGACAAUGAAGAUCUCGAUAUGGGAAAGAACCUUCUAGAAAAUGUAUUGGAAAUAGGAAUGAGUACCGCCCGUGCUGCGAUACAUUUGGGCAGAGCAUUCAAAAAUACAAAAAUUGUCCUAAAUCAGCUCUCGAACAGGGAAUCGUUAAAUGCCAACAUACAGAAUCAAAUAUCACGCAACAUUGAUGCGAACACGCACGCGUUGAAUCACCUACAAACGUCAUUCAAUAAAAAUGACAGUUACAGUGUUGCCAGCAAUAAUAACGGAAUUUACACUGAAUUGGAUUGCGUUUGGUUGUUGUAUUGUAAAAAUCUUGUCGCCACAGCGAAAUUAAGUCCUCCAUAUGGAACAAUGGCUAGGAUUAAUGGGUUAGCUCUACGCAUGCUGACCGGUGAGUUACCAACUGAUCGUGCGCUGGAUAUCAUGCUCAAUGAAGUACUGACUGGAUGGACGGAGCUUAAUUGUUCGGAAAUGUUUCCAAGAUGCAGCAAAGCAAAUGCAGCGAACGUCGUUUUAGAAUCCAUCAUUCAGCCGCUAAGGAAAUCUCAAACGAAUAAUAGAUUGUAAUAUUUAAAAAUAAAUAUAUAAUGUUGCAACAUUUAUUUUGACGUCUAAUGUCAAAAUUGAAAAGCAACUUUUCGCGCCAAAUGUUAUCCAGUGACAUAUUUGAUUAUGGGACCAAUGUUUUUUUAAUACUUUUAACAUUUAUUAUCUGUUUUAAUUUUGAUAUAUCUAUCAAAUAUUAUUUAAGUAGUACAAAAGUAAAAGCUUAGUUUUAUAAUUUUGACUGUUGUAGAGAGGCAAUUUUUUAAGGUUAUAUUUAAGUUAAGAAUUAUAAAAGACUUAAAAAUUUGAUGUCUUUUUAAUUUAUUUAAAUUUAGAAUCGAAUUUUGGUGUCUUUUAAAUGCUAUUUUUUUAUGACCAUAGACUUCUUUGAUUGUGAUUUAAUCAUUUAUAUUCUUUUUUUUUUUAAUCUAGCAUGAAUCUUCUAUUUUAACUAGAACAAAGUCGGAUCAACAAAAUGAAACUGAACAAAAAUUAAAGUUAGUCUAUGGUCAAACGUUAUGGUAAGGAGGAUUUAUGUAAUGAAUUUAGUUUUUUAUACACUAUUUUAUCAUAAGCGAAGAUGUGACAAGCGUGAGCUGAAUUGUUAUAGACUGAUGUAAUAAAUAGUUUUUAUAUGU